AUGGCCGAGGUGGCGAAGCCGGUUCGACGCCGGUUUGCCAAGCCCGAGGGUGUUCCCGUGCGCGACUCGAUGGCCCACUUCGUGUCAACAGUGCGGCUUCUGGACUCGUGGUGGAAAGAUCAGGAGGCCGCCAAACCGCCAACAGUCCACGACUCCAACUCACCCUUCGUCAAGAGCUCUGCUGCGCGGUCUACGGACCCGAACGAGCUUAUUCAGUUUGUUGCCGAGUCGGAGCUGCAAAUCGAGUUCCUUAUGCGCAUGCCGUCCAUCGAGCGCUGCCUCCUCGAGUGGUGGACAUAUGCUGCCCACGGCAACCCUACUAUCUCUGUAGCCAAGCUCAGCAGCCUUUACGAGUCGCUUGCAACGGUGCUUAUUCGGUGCAAGAAGCCUAAUUUGCACAAGAGCGCAGUGCGAACGCUUAUGCACCGACCGUGGAUCCAAUGGAGUGGAAAGCUUUCACCGCUCGCAAUGUGUGACUUUCAACGACUCAUUUUCCUUCUCGCCCACAUGAUCGUGGAAACUGAGAAGCUUCCCGACUACGUCACGUGCUUGACGACAACACUGCGCCAGGUCCAGGGUCUUCGCGUUGGAGCAGAAAUGGCACAAGAGAAGAUUACGCAGCGACGCCAAACUCGCACAAAUCGCCGAAGCGAACAUAAGGCCUCUUUACCGACGCUGUCCUCGCGUCGGACGUCGUUGUCUUCAGCACCAUCGUCCUUCUCCGUCGCCGUCGCUGUUGCUGGCACGGGUCUCCAUCGACGCGAGCGUAGCCCCGAUAAAGUCCGAAAGCUUGAGUCAUCGCAGGUGGUUGUCUCCGACCUAAGCCUUCUCACGCCGGCGUUCGCGCCCAAAUUCCGACGGUCUGAGCCGAUUGCACGAAGUCCGUACCUUGGCCCACUUCAUAUCCAGAGCCUUCGUGGCAUGAACCAGCGCGCCGAGUCGGCGCCCGACCUUAUCCAGUCAUCGCCAGCAGCAAUGCCGGUGCAGUCGCUAGACGACAUUGAGCGGCUCGUCGCCCAGUGCACUGCGGCGCUUCCGACAAUCGAGACUCAUGCAAGCGUGCUUCGACGCAACGUUGCACGACCACCGGUUCUUGACCGACUACUUGGACAAAGCUAA